AUGGGCAAACAGGAAGCUAUGGAAGAAGCGGUGCCGGCCAAACAAGAGCCCAAGAAAACCGAGCAGAGAAGAAAAGAAAGGAGACCUCAACAAUCUGCGGAUUUCUUCAAAUGUUUCUACGAGGCUGACUAUUUGCUUUUUAAGGGCUUCUGUUUCUUUAUUUAUGGUGCCUAUGGUGGAUUCAUCCCCUAUUUACCUUUGUAUUUCAAGCAGCUAUUUUUAGGUGCAAGCUAUGCCGGAAUAAUCGUGGGUAUUCGCCCAUUAAUCCAAUGCAUCGGAGCACCAUUUUGGGGAAUUAUAGCUGAUCGUUACCACGCAGGGAGGAUAAUAUUUUUGGGGAGCGUUGUGGCUUGGAUUGUCAAAGCUGGCGUUCUGCUUACUGUUCGUCCGCAUUACCAACACUGUGUGGAAAUCUACACGAACAAUACAGCGAACUUAACCUACGUGUAUGCAUACGAUCUGUGGAACGCUGAGGAAGAAAAUCGAGGGCAUUGGUUGGUUGUGCCCCUAGACCAUCCGAUCGUAAUCAAACAUAAUAAAAUAGUUACAGUAGAUCAGUCCAAAGGAAAAGAGAACCUGAACCGUGGUUCUCAACCAGGAAAUGCUUUAAAGAAAAGUGGGCCUGUUAAACAACAAAAAAUUACCGAGAACGAAGAAAAAGCAAAAGCAAAUGACAGCAAAGCCGCACAAGAAACAAAAAAGCGCAAAGUUUUUAUGGACGACGAGUCGGAAAGCAGGGAACUCGCCCCUCUCAUAGACCAAGUUGAAGACGAAACCACUACGGCUGGUAAUUUUGAAGAGAUGAGUAAAACGCUAAACCUAAAACUAUUCCGUAAAGCAAAAGUUUACAGCAAGGAGUUACAAGCGCCAAUUCAAUUCAUAACGCUAAUUGAUACGUCGGAAACUGAGUUCAUGUUCAUCUUGUUUCUACUCAUCAUUGUAAUUGGGGAAUUUUUCGAGUCCCCCACUUAUGCGCUUUCAGAUGCGUCACUCCUCAAACGACUUGGUGACGACAGAGCAUACUAUGGUCGAAUUCGGAUGUGGGGUUCUCUCGGCUGGGCACUGGCAUCGGCAAUGGUUGGGCUUAUAGUUAUGUCCUCUACAUAUAAACUUUGCGAGGUAAAACAAAAUAACUAUGUCAUUGCAUUCUACAUUUUCAUUGCUUUUGUGGCCGCGGCAUUUGUCCAUGGCUUGUGGUUUCGCUUCAAAUACGACGAGGAGAAGAAUUUCGAAGACAUUGGAAAAGUCGCACCCUUGCUUCUAAAUCUGCGUCACACCUCUUUUCUGUUCGCAACUCUAUACACAGGCUUCUGUUACGGGAUACUGGUCCACUUUGUGAACUGGUACAUUGAUGACCUGGGUGGAUCCAGUAGCAUAAUGGGCGCUGCAGGAGCCGCCAGGGAAAUUGCCGCUUUAAUCAUGUUUGCUUUCAGCACUACAGCCUUAGAAGCUCUAGGUAACGUGAACUCAAUGGCGUUUUGUCUCAUGUCGUAUAUCAUUUGCUUCAUUUGCUACUCAGUCCUCAAGGAUCCGUGGAUGACGGUAGCUUUGGAGGUACUGGAUGGCGCUACCUAUGGUCUUGUGUGGUCUACUUGUGUUAAUUAUAUGAGCAGCGUGGGUUCCCAGCUUGGUAUCAUUGAAACUACUCAAGGUAGGUUCCCGAAAAAGCAAUACAAACCCUUUCAUGGCGGCCAAUUCUCGUAAACGAACAGGUUUUAUUAAUAACAGCUAACCCAACCUACAUAUGGUCUCUGGGACACCGUACCCCCCACCCCUGCGGAGAUCUUUCUCCCCGCUCUCGGAGUAUCCCUGAGAGCUUGCUUACGGGCUAUCCAGUAAGGGGUAAGGGGCUUGUCUAGAACAAGGAAUCGAGAAUGCUGGAAUACAGAUUAUGAAAUGCAGAACCCCGACUCAGGACUCCACAAACUGUUUUCGCCCCUUCGCUAAAAAGAUGAUUUAAUUACCUGUAGAAAGAUUAGUAUUCACAGUAUUAGCUAUGGUGUUACACAAAAAAAUUAAAGGCAAGAAUUAGACCUUUCAAGUAAUUGGUGUUAGGCAACUUUUUAAUCUCGCGAAAGGUUUACAAUUUGAGUGAGUGAUUGAGUGGGCUUCAAGGGUUGAGCAAGAUUUAGAAGGUGUUAAGAGGAACAGAUAACGGCAGUUAUGAUUACACUAAAAGACUCCCACGGCGGAUUUGGGAGACGGGGAUUUAGAAAACUUUGCGUAUCUCCGGAAAAAUCCUAGCUACGUUAAUUAAAUGAUCUACCCUGGCGUGCCAGAGACUUCAUUCGAGACGUCCCAAGAUAUCUCCGCCGCACUCGAUUGCAAGCACUCGCGCGAGAAAGACCUUUUGGUACCCAGGGUUCUGGUGACCGUUCGUCCCACGAAAUCAACAGGAAUCAAACGCCUGACUGCAGAGACCGUUUGAUUUAGAUUCCCUCUGCCCCAAGCUAUUCACUAGAAAAAAAAUAUUUCUGUUAACACGAAAAAUUUAUUAUCCUUCCAGGUAUUCUCCAAGGCAUAUUUUGGGGUCUAGGUAAUGGCGGCGGAACUAUGAUCAGCGGGAAUCUGAUUGAAGUGUAUGGCGUAAUUAACACGAUGCGAGCCUUUGCAAUAGCCGGUCUUGUGGUACUCGCUAUACUUGUUAUAUCGCAGUACGCAGGAAGCCUGUUGGAAGAGAAAAACAAGGGCAGAAAAGAAUAUGAGAAGUUAUCGGCGGAAAGCGAUGAAUCAAAAAGCGAAGAGGGAAGCGAAGGAGGUAAUGUACUUCCUAGGCAGACUGACUAUUAA